AUGAAAUUCCCAUGGCCCAAACCAAUGGCCCGGAAAUCUGGUGUCCCCUCAACCGCCCCGGUACCGGUAUCCCCAGAGUCCGACUCCGGUUCCCGCUCCAACUCUCCAGCUCAUCUCGACCAGCUCGUUUCAACGGCCAUUAUCGACCCCGAGAAAAGAUCGGUCCAUUCAAUUCCUCGAGUGGAGGCGAGCCCACAAGAAGGCGAACCCGUGGUGCCUGCCGAAAAAAACAAGAACCCUCCCGAAAUUACCCCUGCCAACCAGCAUCCAACCGAGAAGAAUGACGCCGACCACGACCACGACCUAACUCGCACCGUAUCAAUUGCUAGCCAUCCCACGGGUGACAACGACAACGACAACGAGCCAGGACAAGACGAUGAAUCAAAGUACACCCAAGGCCUGCCGCUGCACCUGCUGACCUUCGGACUGACGCUGUCGACCUUUGUCAUCGCUCUGGACAACACCAUCAUUGCGACGGCCAUUCCCAAAAUCACCACCGUCUUCAACUCGCUCGACGACGUGGGCUGGUAUGGCUCGGCCUAUCUCCUGACCACCACGUCUCUGCAGCCGUCGUUCGGCAAAGUGUACACGUACUUCAACGUGAAAUGGACGUACAUGUUGGCCCUGGUCAUCUUCGAAGUCGGCUCCGUGCUCUGCGGGGCCGCGGUCAAUUCGACCAUGUUGAUCAUCGGCCGAGCCGUCGCGGGCGCCGGAGCAGCCGCCUUGUUCUCCGGGGGUAUGACUAUCAUUGCAUAUUCGGUGCCCUUGCGCAAGAGACCAAUGUAUAUAGGUCUCUUGAGUUCCAUGUUUGGCAUCGCCUCUGUGGUCGGCCCUAUCUUGGGAGGUGCUUUCACCGAUCGUGUAUCAUGGCGAUGGUGUUUUUAUAUCAACCUCCCCAUUGGUGCUGUUGCCAUCGCCGCCGUCUUCUUCUUCUUCACGAAUCCUCAACGUCAUGACAGCAACUUGACAACAAAACAGAAGAUCGGCCACAUUGACCUGGUCGGCGCCUUCUUUCUCAUCUGCGCCAUUGUCUGUCUUCUCCUGGCGCUGCAGUGGGGCGGCACUACUUACCCAUGGUCCAAUCCCAAAGUCUGGGGCUGCCUGCUUGGAUUCGGAUUGCUCGUCAUAGUGUUCACCGCCAUCCAGAUCCGCAAAGGCGAGCUGGCCACCCUACCCCCACGCAUCAUGUUGCGACAACGCACCGUCUUCGUGUGCGCCUUCUUCUCCUCCUUCCUCGCCAUGGGCCUUUACACCCACAUCUACUACCUGCCCUUCUACUUCCAAGCCGUCAAGGGCACCACCGCCGAAGAAUCUGGAAUCCGCACCAUCCCCUAUCUAGUCAGCAUUACUAUCGCAUCCAUCGUCGUUGGCGCAAGCAUCACCGCGCUGGGCCCGUACGUCCCAUUCACCUGGGUAGGCUCGGCCAUCUUCGCGGUCGGAUCGGGUCUGCUGUACACGUUGAAAGUCGAUUCCUCGACGGGGACCUGGAUCGGAUACCAAAUCCUGGCGGGAUUCGGAGCGGGUGCAUGUGUCCAAGUUCCCUUCAUCGCCGUGCAGGUGGUGUUGGGCCGGAACGAUAUGCCGGUGGGUAACGCGGUAGCCAUUUUCUUCAAUUCCCUCGGCGGCGCUAUUUCCAUCUCCAUAGCCCAGAACAUAUUUUCCAACAGCCUGGUCAAGCAGAUUCCUAGGUACACCCAUGGCAUAGAUCCCAAAGAGAUCAUCGCAGCAGGCGCCACGCAUAUCCGAGAAGUCACUCCACCGUCACAACUUGCCGGUGUGCUGUAUGCGUACAAUAUCGCGGUGACGAACUCGUAUAUCUUGUCCAUUGCCUGUGCGACUAUCGCCUUCUUGUUGUCGUUGGGGUUUGAGUGGAAGAGCGUCAAGGGCAGGAAGAUCGAGAUGGGCAGUGCGGGAUAA